GAGAGAGAGAGAGAGAGAGAGAGAGAGAGAGAGAGAGAGAGAGAGAGAGAGAGAGAGAGAGAGAGAGAGGAAUUCCCUAGCACAACCAAAAGCGGCUGCCAGGGUGUGCUUAUCAGUUCCUAUGGCUCCCAGAAUUCACUGUUAUAAAUGUGGCCGUUACCUGCCACCGAAGGAGAUGUAAAACCAUGCGGAUGCAGGAUGUAAGGACUAUACCAGCUACAACAAGCCUUCGGGUAUAUUUGAGGAGGGACCAAUUUAUUUCUGUCUGGAGGCAACAUCAUAUGUGCGCCGACUCCCUUUGGAAGAGACUUCCUCCUCUUCUGCCCAAGCUGAGAAAAUCAACCUGACAGAGACGCUCCUGUCUGUUUUCCAGGGGACAAGCGUGUCUGCGUUUAUUAUAGGGCCACAACAGUAUCCGGAGUUGAAAUGCAGUCUUUUCGUAGUGGGGUUCAGUGAACUGGCAGCGCUUUAAAACAUGACAGGUCAGGCCCUGGGGAAACCAGGCAGCGGGGCUCACAUGGAUGACAACGCCGCCAUCCGCAUCAACGUGGGCGGCUUCAAGAAGCGUCUCCAGUCGGAUACGCUCUCCCGGUUCCCUGAGACCAGGCUUGCGCGUUUACUCCACUGUCAGUCCAAAGAGUCCAUACUGGAGCUGUGCGACGACUACGACGACACCGAGAAAGAGUUUUACUUCGACAGGAACCCAGCACUCUUCCCCUACGUGUUGAAUUUCUACAACACGGGCAGGCUGCACGUCAUGGCCGAGCUGUGCAUCUUCUCCUUCAGCCAGGAGAUCGAGUACUGGGGCAUCAACGAGUUCUUUAUUGACUCGUGCUGCAGCAGCGCCUACCACUGUAGGAAAAUGGACCAGGACCGGGAUGACUGGGAGGACAGGAGCGAUGAAGGGAGUACUACUUCAUCUUUCGACGAACUGUUGGAGUUUUACAGCGACGCCACCAAGUUUGACAAGCAGCUGCUCGGGAGCGCGCGGAGGCGCGUCUGGUUAAUGCUGGAUAACCCCGGCUACUCCGUGGCCAGCCGGAUCAUCAGCAUCCUCUCUAUCCUGGUGGUGCUUGGCUCCAUCGCCACGAUGUGCAUGAACAGCAUGAGCGAGUUCAGCCUGUUGGACAAUGAGGGGCAACCCACAGAGGACCCCCGUUUCGAGACUGUCGAGCACUUUGGCAUCGGCUGGUUCACUCUGGAGCUGCUCGCCAGGUUCACGGUGGCGCCGGAUCUUCUGCAUUUCUUCGAACACCCGUUAAAUAUGAUCGACCUGGUGUCCAUACUCCCGUUUUACCUGACACUGCUUAUAAACCUGGUGGCGGAGAGCAGCCCGACGCUGGCCAACCUGGGCCGUGUUGCACAGGUGCUGAGGCUGAUGAGGAUUUUCCGCAUCCUGAAGCUGGCCCGUCACUCCACGGGGCUGCGCUCUCUGGGGGCCACCCUCAGGAACAGCUACAAAGAAGUGGGCCUGCUGCUCCUCUACCUGGCCGUCGGUGUGUCGUUUUUCUCCGUCAUGGCCUACACGGUGGAGAAAGAGGACAGCGAGGACCUCUCCACCAUCCCGUCGUGCUGGUGGUGGGCCACCGUCAGCAUGACCACCGUCGGGUACGGAGAUGUUGUGCCGGUGUCCAUAGCUGGCAAGCUGACCGCCUCGGCGUGCAUCCUGGCCGGGAUCUUAGUAGUUGUGCUUCCGAUUACGCUCAUUUUCAAUAAGUUCUCUCUCUUCUACAAGAGACAAAAACAGCUGGAGGUCGCAAUGAGAAGCUGUGAUUUCGACGAGGGGAUAAAAGAGGUUCCCUCGGUCAACCUGAGGAACUAUUACGCACACAAAGUCAAAUCCCUCAUGGCGAGCUUGUCAAACAUGAGCCGGAGUUCACCCAGUGAACACAGUCUGAAUGAAUCAAUACACUGAAACAGUUGUAUCAAGGACACGCGGUCAGGUUGGGUGACACUUCCAUUGAUGUGGCUGCAUGAGGAGCUGUCCAGGGUGCUGAAACCUCUGUCUCAGAAGCCCACUUCCUUUCACUGAUGUCUGACCGUUUGCCUCUCUGUAGCUCAGUGCAAUAAUGUGUUAAUCUGUGUGUCAGUCACAAUGAGAAAGUAAGCAAAUGUACAGGACAGCCUGAAUAUGAUAGUUCGCUGUGCAUUAUUAUGGCCCCUCACCAAAUAGGCCAAAAUGUGACCGCGUACGAUUCAAAAGAUGUAGUUGUUUGCAGUCCUAGACGGUGUCACACUGUAGUCCAUCCUCCAGCUAUACUUGUUGUGAUCAAAUAUGUCUGAAAGUAACUCCAGCUGUACCUCUUUGGAAAGAGUGUUGAUGUGUAAUUGUUAUGUUGCAACAAGAUUACUUCAGAUGUGUGGUUAAAGCAAACUAUUAAACAAAAAAUGCAUAACACACUUCCUUAUGUUUUUCAUGUGCAGAGCGAGGGUCUUGUGGCGUCUUCCUAAGUGUGUCUUACUGAUAGAGAUAACACAUGUUAGCCCGAAGGGGGGAAGAUGGAUUCAUAGUAGUGACUGACACAAUAUCUGAAACAGUUUGACAGGCAUCGCAUCAACCAUUCAGAGAUGACAUGUUGAAUAAAUCUAUUGCAUUUGUUUGUCA